UUUUCGCGAGCCUAUCUCUCUGCUCCAAUUUGUAAACAACAACAAGCUGAAAAACAGGAGUUGCCGAAGCCCCCGUUGCCUUAUAUUGGUAGUGGUGGGGUGCGCGAAGCUGGUGUACAUUUCUGGUGAGAGUGUGCAUGACGACGUCCAGCAAAAGAGUUUCGUGGUUUUGUUGUUGUUUGUACAAUCGUUGUUCAUCCCCAUCAAAGAAAGCCAGAUAGCUGUGCGACACAAACACUCUUCGUCUGUAUGUGAACAUAGUAGGCUGGCUGUUUACUCCAUUCUGCUACGUGUAGUGUAUUAAUGCGCAGCAAAUCGCAAAGCCAGCUGUGGCUGAAAGAAAACCCAGGCAAUAACGAAUCGUCACUUGGACAGUAAGGACGCGCGGGUCGUACUCCAGAAAGUGUUUCAAGUGAACAAAGUCAGUAUUCUGUUGCAUUUUGGAAAACUAAAUAGCUGAACAGUUGGUCAACUUUGUCCGUGGAACCAUAUUGAAAGCGAACGCCAUUUUAUUGCACCUUCCCAUAUACGUCGUCGUCGUCCAGCUGGAGAGAGAGCUAGUGUAAACAAAGAAGUCGAAAAAAAACAGUCAGUUGCAAUUUGGUCCUGCAAAAAGUUGACUCAAUCUAGUUGUAAAGUGUUGACCCUACCUCAGGUAGUGAGUUGCUUUAAGCGCAAAAGAAAAAAAAUAUUGUUAUCGUAGAAAAAAUCCAGGUACACGUACCUUCCGAAGCAACUGAAAGGGAAACAGAUUAUCAUAUAAACAGUUCCGUUCGAUACAAAAGUGUGAGUUUCUUUCCAUUCUGAAUUGCGCGUCUGGCCACGUUGCACCUGUGUGGGUGUUUUGUUUAUAUUACCUAGAGUGUGUAUCCAUUCGAAACGAUCGUGUGGCACCGUGAAGAGAAAACGCAUACCAUCAAGCUCUUUGUUUACAAAUAUAGAGAAGUGCGAGAACUGAUUUUUCCUUGUUUCGGUGGCACCCUGCUAGCCGCUGUGAACGUAGAGCUUGUUUAUCAUCCUACGGGAGAACCCAGCCGCACAUCCAACCGCGCAUUCCAGACAAAGAAAGUGGUGCAAUGUUCAAGUCCAUCACGAGCACCAGCGGAACGAACAGCAAGAUGUCUGCAACGCCCAGAACCAGCGAGGACCUGCUCGGAGCAAAAAAACUUCAUUUCCUUUCCCCAGAAUCAUGGAUCGAGCUGUCGUCGAACACAAACACAUGCCCCAAGAGUCCGGACCGGACCACGCCGUUGCCGUUCACCUCGGUCGAAGAGUACCUCCGGCUGCUGCGGGAAGCUCAACGAGAAUCGAAGGAAUCGAGCCGGGUGGCGUCGCUGACCAGCUCGCGACGUGAGUCAACCCGCGGUAGCCCAAAGUCACCCCCGAACAGCCCCAAUACGGAACUGGCCACCACCGAGGAGCAGCUCAAGGGAGUCUACAUCAACUAUCUGAACAGGGAAGGAGAUGCCACUGCUCAAAAAGACAAUGACUGGGUUUGGGAAUGGAGUAGUCGGCCAGAGCAACUGCAGGCAAAGGAAUGGAAGUUCGAAAACUCCAAACAAAGCAUUCGUCGCAACCAACAGGGCUACUCGCUGAGAAUGGCACGUGUGGGCAAAAAUUCUUUGUUCUCGCGAGAAGUUCUCUAUUCACUUGUGCUAACAAAUGUGUUAUCCUUGCUGCUUGGAGCUGGAAUCGGAGCUUGGCUACAUAAACGAGGACUGCUCUUCACGCGAAUCUCGAUCGAAUAAGAAGCGACGAGGAAGCGUGUGGAUAGAAUUAAUUGUUUCAACUUUUGCAGCGAAUAAGUUUUCUACAACCAUCAUCCAAAUUUUGCUGCGCUGGAGUAAUCGCAGUAAUUAUUCAGCAUUAGUCCGAUGAACAAGUGUCAAAAACAUUAAACAAUCUUAAAGUGAGUUCCAGCACAAGAUAGCUCCAAAAUUACAUGAAUCCAUCACAUUGUUUGGCGUGUUGAGCGCACGCAUUCGUUCCAUUGCACUGAACUGGAAACUCAGGAAAAAAUAAUGAUUGCUUCAAACACAGCUGAUUCUACAGAAAGCAGAGAGAUUGAUAAGAUGAAUUGUAGAAAAUCCAAAACAGACUCGUGAGAAGGUUUAGAUUAGUUAGGCAAUGUACAGUUCAAAUAGAAAACAUCAGAAUAUGGAGAUCUUUUGAGGAUGCUUUCGAAACAAUUCCCAUACAUUGCAGCACAGAAAAGGACUUUAGCCGUAUCUUGUGAUUUUAUAAAUGUUAUUUUUGUUUGUCUCUUUUAUGAUUUUUUUUU